AUGACGCCUCCACCUCACUAUGAGAGGGCACCUGGUAUAAAAAUUCAUGCGCAGGCACAGAACAAUGCAACAUUGCUCUUCUGUAUUAUCAAGAGUGUCGGCCUCCACACAAGAACCAGGAUUCCUCGGCGUCUGGAGAUGACUGAAAGAUGCGGAUUUGAGAUUUUGGGUCACUGUCAGCGGCGCCCUGUAACCAGCCAAGCUGGGGCAGUGGGAGAUCAGAGUUUCACAGAGUUUAGCAGCUCUUUCUCAGCCAACCAGCCUCUGAAGCAGGCUGUCAUCAUGAGCGCUCAGUACGGGAUCAACGUGUUUGUGCUGGGCUUGGUGCUGAUGCUGGCGGGAACAUUUCACAGAGCCGGAGUGACUCAGGAACACAUCCUCGCCUACCUCAGCACCCUCAUGGCGAUACAACUGGCCUGGAUGCUCUGGUACUUCUCCAGAAGACAUGGAAAGAGAGUGCUGCUCACCGAGAAAGAUGAACACGCCGGACCAAGGUGGUUGAGAGGGGGUUUAACCUUAUUUGCCACCUUGAGUUUAGUUCUGGAUAUGUUUAAAAUUGGAUACUACGUUGGAUAUUCAAGUUGUCUCACAGCCGUCAAAGGUGUCUAUCCUGCCAUCCACGCAGUGCACACUCUCUCACAGGUGUAUUUCCUUUGGUUCCAUGCAAAGGAUAUCAUUCAAACUUUUCAAAUGAUAGAAAGAUUUGGAAUGAUUCAUUCUGUUUUUACGAACCUGCUGUUAUGGGUGAACAGUAUAAUUGCAGAGUCAAAACAUCAGUUAAAUGACCACAAAAAGAGACUGGCAGGACAUGGCUUUGCCAACUUAACUAUGGUCGUUGCAGAAAAGUCUGGACCAAACUGCAGCUGUACUAUACAUGUAUGCGCUGCUUUCUACAAAGCCUCCUAUUACAUGUACCCUUUCAGCAUUGAGUAUCACGUUUUGGCCUCCGCUAUGCUCUACAUCAUGUGGAAGAAUGUCGGUCGAAAGCUGGGACACCGCAGCCCUCAAAAAUUGGUGUUUAAGACACGCUCCAACAUUUUACCAGGACCAGUUCUGGGAGCUGCCGUCUUCGCAACUACAAUAGGAAUUCUUGUUGUGUACAGUCUACAGGCGGGCCAUUCAAAAGAUCACCGACUAUCUGCUGUGACUAUGUUUUAUUUGUACAGUAUGAUAGUGCUUGGCUUAAUGUCUGCAGCAUCUACAACCGGCCUGGUCAUUUAUAGGAUAGACAAAAGGUCAAUGGAUUAUUCCAAAAAUCCCACGCGAAAGCUGGAUGGCCAGCUUCUGGCCAGUACAGCGUGUGCCUCCUGGCUUCUAUCCUGGUGCUCUGUGCUAGCGGCGGUUUCUGCACAAAGCCGUCCGCAUUCCACAUGGCUCAGUUUACCGCUUUCCACUUUGGCUAUCAUUGAGAAAUCCGUGCAGAACAUGUUCAUCGUUGAAUCGCUCCAUCGCAAGCAGGAUGACGGUGAAGAGGAAGCAGGAAGAAUCAGGGGGACCAGUGACCGUCCUGGGACAUCACCCCCACGCUGUGGCAUUGUCAACAAAACGUUGGAGGGAGUAGAGCGACAGCUGUGUUGCGCGGCUGCUUCUCCACAAUCUCCAGAAGACCGAAGCAGCUCGGUGUGCAGUGAGCAGUUACCAUCACCCCGAGCUGCCGGCUCCUUUCCUCCAGCCAGCUUCAGGCAGACGGGAAAUCUGCACAAAACCAGAGUGAUAUUGAAGAACAUCGCCUCGUUUCUGUUCUUGUGCAAUAUUUCGUUUUGGAUACUACCAGCUUUUGGAGCCUGGCCCCAAUUUGACAAUGGAUUGGAAGAAAAUGUUUAUGGCUUUGAAGUUUGGAUUUUAAUUGUAAAUCUUGCAAUGCCUUUUGCUAUUUUCUACCGCAUGCAUGCAUCUUCAGCACUUUUUGAAGUGUUCUGUGCAAUUUAA